AUGCUACGCGAGGAUACGGUAAUCCAGCUGGCCGACGGGCGGUUCGAACAGAAAAUUCAAGUGGAUCGACGCAAGUUGGAGUCAAUGAUAACAGGUUUGAGAGAAUGGAUGACCGAACUUUCGAGAAGCGGAAAGUUAGGCCAUAGGUUCGAGCUGAAGGGUUACUGUACCAGUGGCCUAACUUUUUCAAGGCCUUGGAUUGGGAAUUCAAGUGAUGACCUAACUUUUUCAAGUAGGAAAGUUAGGCCGUCAGGAGAGCGAAGUCCUUGGAAGUGGAAUUCAAGUUAUGGUCUAACAUUUUCCGGAAAAGUUAGGCCAUACGUUUUCCCAGUUGUGUUUCCUAGGCAAUACUCUUCAAAAAGUUAGGCCACAAUCUUGAAUUUCUGCAAAUUCAACUUUUCAAAUCCAAUUUUUCAGUGAAAAACAGAAAAAACAGGGUCAUAUUUAGCUUUCUCUCUCUCUCUCUCUAUCAGAAAUCAUGAGAUCCUGGAAAAUAGUGAUCCGACAAAUACAAUUUGCAGGCCGAGUCGACAGCCACUCUCACCAACUUCCAACCGCCGAAUCGUUCUUCGCAAACGUGAUGGCCUACUCGAACGCAGAGGUCAUUUGGCCGUCACAACUCAAAAUCGGAGCCAAAACGAAAAAGGAUCCGUACGUGAAGGUGAUCGGAACGAUCGAACAAAUCGGGGCGGCGCGCAACCUCAUUCUCAACAGUCUGCAGAUUAA